CUGACAUUGGAUUUUCGAUUUUGUUUCUUCCCUGUCUCGAUCAGUCAGUUGCCUCGCAAGUUUCGUUCACCAUAACCUUUCUUCACACCAAUCGGUAGUCCCAGCCAAUCCACGAAUCGUUUAUGAAUCACGCCCACUUGGUGAGGUGUCAAUAGAUCAUUAUAAACCCCGACCCAAGACUUCCGCCCCGACGCCCAUUUUUUGUCCGCCCACUAAUUCUUGCUUGGAUCAGACUCACUCCGCUUGACUGCACGUUGCAUCUUUGUUAAAUUCAUCUUAAAUUGAUUGUGCCAUUUAUCAGUCCGCUCUGAGGAAUUGGCGAAGAUUGCACACCUCAGAUAUUUCUCUGGUCAACUUUUACUUUGGAAUUGAAUUUGCUGGUUUUUCAUCAUGGACGUUCAAGCUCCAACCUCUGCGAUCCGCAACUCACCAUCCAAAGCGCCCACUCCGGAUCACUUGCGCGCGGCGACUCCUUUGCCGUCCUCAAACGUGAGCUCUAUUCACAGCAGUCCAAUGCCUGAGUCCCCUGUGUCAGGUUUGGGAGCUUUGAAGUUCACGUCGCGAAAUCAGCACAAACCUCUUGACAAUCAGCCAGGUGAAGCGCCGGUGUCGAAGCAGAGCGAACCUGCUGUUGCCAUCUCGGCGAGCCCAGCGGGAGUGUCAGCUUCCGACCUCUCCAAUCCCGUGGUUCCCAGCAUCGUUUCCGGCAAAGGCGCAAAUUUGAUGUCGAAAUGGCUUCCCAGCUCUACAUCUGCGCUUGCUGAGCCUUUGGAGCAAGAGAACCUGUCUCGCAAAAAAGAAGCGGCCAACUCGAAUGUGCUCAUGACUCCUCCGUUCACGCCACUCAAGCGGUCUGACCAGUUCCACGGCACUAACAAUUCUCAACAUGCCCAAUUUCGAGGAAUCGACAAGUCCCGAGGCAUGCUCAUGACACCGCCCACGACUGUCAAGCACGAACAAAUUGUUAACAAACCCAGAACACCAAUGUCUACGCUCACGCCAACCUACAGGCUGUCUGGCAGAGCCUCUAGCAGAGGAAGCUCUCCUAACCCCCAGGAUUUUCACCAUCGGCAAAGUCCGAUCGAAUCAUUGACACAUCAAAUGAGUUUACUUCCGCUCGAAAGUCACCGUCCCCGAUCGGUGUCCAGCCCUAUGGAGCCGAGCUUUGAUCACGGUGAUAACCCGAAUUUGGCGCGCCUUUUUGCUCCCAAGUCCGACUCACCCAGCCGCACCGUCCUUGGCAUGCCUCCUGGGGACAGCUCUGCUGAAUACCGCAAACGUGCUGGCACAUUCUGCAGCACUCCCUCUGCCCAAUUUCGCUCUCUUGUUUCCGAUGCUAACCUGCCAGCCUCAUCGCUGCUUAACCAUCAUAAAAACGAAACUCCGCCUAGCAGUCUUGGCUGUACCAGUCAACAUGUAUCAAAUUAUCCCGGCAAUUCAAUGAACAUGUUUUCGGGCAUGUCCUCUCCGCUGGCGUUCUCAAACAUCGGCUCUUACCUGGGCUCGAGCAACCAACGAUCUGAGGAUCCUGCGGCUCUCCUAUUUCCCACUUCGAGAAAUCCGCCUGAUUUUUCAUUGAGCGGCUCCAAGUCAACCUCGCAAUCAUCCAUACUGGUGGGAAGUGCUGCUAGUGAUCGCCACCAGCGCUAUCAUACGGCACCCACUGACAGCAGUCCACUUUUCCACACUGGACGCCCAUCACUACCUAUGUCUUCCAAUGAAGGCGCGCCUGGACCUCCUGACUCGGUCCGUCGAAUAGAAGAACGUUCCAUGUCUUUAAUAGGCUCUUCCCCGGUAGACCGAAUCCAAUCGAAACUUUUCAAUGCCAACUUCAGGCCACGCUCUAGUACGGUGGCUGAUACGAGUGGCAGGAGGUCAAUGGGAAAGAACUUGUUGAGCGUUAAUUGGGAAGGAAAUGAAUCUCCCAAAGAUAUUUCCGAACAACCCAAUGAAGCGGAGACCCGAGCUGCUGCUGGUGGUCAGCUCAAGGAAUCUACAAGAUCCUCUCCUAGUCGAACUCAAACUUGGGGUGCCAUGCCUGGUGCAAUUUCGCCGCGCUAUUGUAAGGUUUUGGGGAUUCCACCCAAGUUAUUGGGGAGCAUGAAGGGGAUUGUCCGAGUACGGAAUGCGUUUGCCGCGUAUGGUGAUCUUUUGGAUAUUCAUGUGGACACUUUGAGUCCUGUUGGCUUCAUCUUGGUCGGCUUCCAUGACACGCGUUCCAUUCUCAACUUGUUCCAAAAUGGUGUUAAACCUCUUGAGAACAAUUUUGGAUCUUAUUUGAAGAUGGAACCUUUGCAACGCAGUGAUGUGAUACAGCUUACACAGGAUUUUGACAAUCCUGUUCUCUCCUCAAAUGAAGGCGCUCUUAACUUACGGUUUGAUGAUCCACGAGGAAUCAUAACGGAAGAAGUCUUAAUUGAGUAUCUGCAAAGAUACGGUGAUCUCAAGGCGUUGCGAGUCGUUGGGACAUCCCGUUGGUAUGUAGAGUGGUACGACGACCGACGAGCCGAUGCAGCCCAAAAGGAGUUGGUGGCCAGAGAUUUUGCUGACUUCCAAGUAACAGUUGAAGUUCCCGAGCCGGACUUACGCUCUAUGCUCGAAAACCAAUAUCCUGGCGGAGUGACUGGGCCACUCGGUAAUGGGCUCGCACCCAGCGUGUGCCUUUUGCCUCCUACUAUCAGGCCACCGCCUAUGCUCAAUUCGGCGGACCCAUAUAACAAUAGUUUGAUGUACCGUUAUGUUGGAGACCCUUACGCUGCUAACUACAUGUUCCCAUGGAGCCAGCCACUAUCAAUUCCACCUCCUGCCUCUUUGUACAAUCUCCACACCCCUGCACCUCUUCCAGCCGACGGCAUGGCAUGUGGCCCUUCUCAGACUAUCACACCCGAGAUUUUUGGUUCUUCUAUCCACCACAUUGAUCAGCAAAUGAGCCCUCACCCGCCAGCCGCGAACAGACCGCGGGCGUUCCCAUUCCCUGGUGUACCUCCUAGUAACGUGAUGGAUCUGGAUCGUAUUGAAUGCGGAAGUGAUCCUCGCACCACUUGCAUGAUCAAGAACAUCCCCAACAAAAUCACAGACGACAUGUUAUUCAACUUUAUCAACGAGAUAUGCCCAAGAGGUUUUGACUUCCUGUACUUGAGAAUGGAUUUUAAGGCUCGCUUGAACGUUGGCUACGCUUUCAUCAACUUCCUAUCCGUCGAAAAUGUGUUGAAGUUUGCCAAAGCCAAGUUGGGGGUCAAAUGGGGCGUAUUUUUGUCUGAGAAAACGGUGCAAAUGUGCUAUGCUAGCAUUCAAGGAAAGGAGAAUCUGAUUGAGAAGUUCAGGAACAGUGCUAUCAUGGAGGAAGAAGAAUCUUUCAGGCCAAAGAUAUACCAUUCCAGUGGACCAUUGAUGGGCCUUCCUGAGCCCUUUCCUCAUGCUAACGAUUUGCAGCGCAAAGCUCGCUCACAAGCCAAUGCCGCCUUAUUGGUCAGGCCUCCUAUGUCGUCUAUAACUCCUAUUCAUCAAUAACUUUACACCGGAUCUUUGCUUGGCACCCUUCUUCUUUCUUGGUAAGGGCUUGCAUUCUCAUUGAAUGGAUCUGAGACAGUCAGGCUAUUUAAUACCAUGAGCAAUUUCCCCAUCCAAUUGGGUGGACAAUGGUUCGCAAGUGUUCACCUUGACUUAUUGGUUAUGUUAAUUGUUCUGGCAUUGCAACUUUUUCUUCGAACCAAUUUUUGGUUUCAUAAACUUCAAAUCGUUCUCUUCUCAUUGAAUUAGUACUACAAACUCCUUCUUUCAUCUACAUAGUCAGUUUUCCUUGCCCCAUUUAACACAAUGGGUGUUUUUAACCAAUCUUUGUAAAGCAGCACAUCCUUUUCCUUUUCUUCUUUGUCAUACAUUUGUAUCAUUCUAGAAUUGUGCAGCAGAUGGUAUGCUAUGGUGUGCACGUAUUUGGAUUUUCUCGAUGUAGAUACUACUAUUUUUUGGGCAUUUCUUCAAGAACAGCCUUGUGUGCAUUAUUGUAACAAUGUAAUUAACCAGGACCACUACACAUCACAAGUUGUAGAUUUUCAUUCACAUGUUGGAGAUUGCUUUACCUGGUUUAGAAAUUUUUGCCCUGGAAUCAAUGACUGUCACUUUCCAGAGGUCAAUUCAAUUGUUUAACUUCC